CGCUUUGCUCUGCAUUGUUUUCCUUUCUUUCUGCACCAGCCAACCUGCAAGUUGCAAAGUAGAAGAACAAACAGAGGAGAAAGAGAGAAAAGAGGGGAGACCAGCGUCCAUAUGUCGCUCCCGGUGAUGACCCCACGCUCGACUGCACGCUGCCCGAUCGUGGCAUCCGCGCGCACGACCCUGGUGACGGCUGGAGGGAGGCCCUGGGAGCUGUCAUUCGUGCUGCUGGCGGGGAAGGGGAUUUGGGGGUGGGGCACCGCGGGACGGGUAUGAAUGUGGUGGGAGCGCCGCCGGGGGCGCGGGUCGUGGGCGGCGAGCGAGUGGGAGAACACGCUACUCUCGUUUGGCCAUGCCGUCGAGCACGCGGUCAUUGCCUUCGUCGAGUUUGACAUCCAGGUAUAUACAGACACAAAUGUAGCUAGCCUCUGCUUGAAUUUCCUAUCAUUAGUUCGCAUUUGAUACACUACUAGCUUGUUUAAGCUUGGACUCUCCUCGUACGCUCGUCUCUGCUUCAUUCGGCUGUACUCUGCUGCGAUCCAUUGUGAUGGAUCUUGUUUGGUCGAUGGGUGACGCUGGUUCAGAUUGUUUCGGCUUGCCUGCGUCGAACCGUGUGUCUUUCUGUCCUUCACAUUCAGUAGGUUGUACGAUCUCACCCGUUGCUGCGGCUCCAUUCUGCUCAUUGCUUCGUCUCCAUUUUCCUCAUCAAGGAGGAACAGGUAGCGAGAGAAGAGCUCCCCCCCUCGGCGGCGUCCACUCCGGAGCCGUCGCCCACUCCGGAGCCGUCGCCCACCAAAUCACGCCGGCGGCCGCUCCGGCGCCGGCGUCCACCUUCUCCUCUCCGGUGCGCAUGGCCUCUGGGUCGCGCAGCCCCCCGUCGGUGUCCUCGGCAAUGCUUCGGGAGUGUCCGGUUGUGUCGGGCUUGGGUCUCUCAGGAUCUCCGGGCUCGGCGAGCGCGUCUUCCGCGGCUGGUGGCCGGGGGCCGGGGGACAUGCCGGCUCAAUUGGAGGGCUGGCGUCGGCCGGGCCCUUCGCGUAAAGCCAUGUGGCGCAGGCGCCGUGCUCUCCGGCAGCAGCAGGCGGGUGGUGCCCCGCCAAGGUCGUCGUCCCCGUCCUCGUUCGAGUUGUGCCAGAUUCCGCCGGAUCUGCACGGGCUGUGCUUCCGGUGUUUUGAGGAAGGACAUCGGCGACAAGAUUGCAUCAACGAGCCGCUCUGCAUCAGAUGUGGUCGGGCGGGCCAUGUCUCGUCUCAGUGCGCGGUGCCGCGGAGUCCUAUUUCUGCGGCGGAGCUUCGCCGGGCGGUGAUUGACAGGGUUGCCAGACGGGAGGUGGUGCCUUGACAGGCGCCGGCCAUUAGGAGGAGGUUGUCGGAGCCUAGGCAGAGCACGCCGUCGGUGUCGCUCUCGCCAGUUGCGCCCAACCCCUUCCCUGGUUGGCCGGCGUCGCGCCUCCGUCUGCCCCAUCGGAGAUUUGCAGUCUGCAGAGGUCUGGGGACAUGGAUGAUCUGGAACGCCGUCUGCAGCUUGCCGUGGUGAUGUACGUCGGAGGGGCCAGACCGCUGGUGACCUGUGAGGAUGCGGCUGUUGCGAUCUCGGCGCAGCUCGGCAUUCCAAGGUUUCGUUUUUCGAUUCACAAGUUUCACCCGGAAGAUUUCUUGGUGGUUUUCGCUGCUCAUCAGUUCAGGAACAUGGCGCUGGCGGUGCCUUCGAUCGAGCACAGAGGUGUGAAGCUAUUCAUCAAGCCAUGGUUGAGGCAAGCGCAGGCAACGUCAAGGCUGAUGAGAGUCCAGGUGGACAUCAUGAUUGAGGGCAUGCCGUCGCAUGUCUGGUCGCAGGCCACGGCAGCAGAGAUUUUGGGCAGUGGUUGCUUGAUUGAGAGCUUGGCGCCGGAGACGGCCAGCAAGGAGGAUCUUUUGUUAUUCAAACUACGGGCUUGGUGCGUAGACCCUGACGACGUCCCGGUGUUCCGCAGAAUUUGGGUUCCGGAGCCGGACGGAGAUUUGGCGAGCACGGCGGCGAGACGGCCAUCCUUUCGCCAGUUGUUGGAGUACCCUGCGUACGUGCACAUAGGGCGGAUGCGUGACUGCACGCCGCCGGAGCUCUGGAGGAGGGGGUCCGGCUCGGAUGACGCUAGCGGACAGAGUGGCCUCCCGGACAGCUCCAAUGGCUCGUUCCAUGGCGGAGAAUGGGUGGUGCAGCCUUGGUCCCGCGGCGUCCGUGACAACAGGGGGCCGGCGAGCGGCGGAGCCGGUGGGGGUGCAGGACGAUCCUACCGGGCGGUUCUGGAAGGCAGAGUGGGUCCGUCGGACUGGAGGCUGCCGCACAUGGGCAUGGGGCCCGCUGCCCCCAACGUGGCCUACGUUGCGGGUCAAGCCAAGGAGUCGGGGGUGGUCAACAGAAAUUCAAACGGCCCAACAGGAGGUCAGGAUAAGCUGGUGGAAAGCCAGGGCGCGGUGGGGUUGGCAGGCACGGAGAACUAGGUUGAUGUGCGGUUGGCGAAGGAUCCAAUGCCGUCCAAGGGAUUGGCCAGGGAGUUCAGCUCUAGGAUCGAGGAGGAUCGUCUGCCUGGCGCUGGUGGGGUGCUGCCGGUGCAGGAUAUGACACAGGAGGAGGGCCUGAGUGCUGCUGUGGUGGUGGGCCAGGAGAGGCCGGUGCCAGAGGGUCCCAGCGCAGCUGCGCAGGUGGCCUUGGUCGAAUCGCAGGUCCCACAUGAUUCUCUACGGCAGGUGGGCGCGGUGGCUGGGGCCUGGCUGGAGGGUGACAAGUCCUGUUCGCCGCAUGGAAUCCUGGGCGGGGAACCAUCGCAGGAGAAUCUGUCGAAUGGCUGGGCACCAGUGCCGGAGCUGAUUGUCGCCAACCCAGAGAGGCUGGGGAUCGGUGCGGACGGGACAGCUGCCUUGUCGGAGCCGGGCCAUGUGGAGCCGACCCAGGGGGAUUUGAUGGAGGUAACCAAGACAGGUGCACAUGCACUGGUGAAGGAUGGCACGGAGGGAGAUGUGACUACGUCCGAUGCCCACGCAGACAAAUCGGGGCAGGACGGCGUGAUGGUUGUGCAUGGCCAGCCUAUCGGCAUGCAGAGCGAGGGUUCGAACCUGACAGACAAGGAGGCGACUGCACUGGGCAACAUAAAAUCAUUCUGUGCGGGUUUGCUCAAGAAACUGGCACCACCAUUGCUGAGGGAAAUCGAAGGGAUCCGUGGGGUGCGUGCGGGACAAGACCCGUUCACCCCAGGGCGUAACACACGCUCGUCCGGGGCCAUUGGCCAAAACAAGAAGAGCAAAGCGACGGCAGCCGAAACGGUUCUUCUCAAGGCGUUGGGGAUCUCAUGCGAGGAUCUGGCAGUCAUGGAGGACGCGCUAGGUCAACUAAGGGAGAUGUUCGACUCCCCAGUCCAGGAGCAGCAUUUGAGGGCGAUAGCAGCGAUUUUUGGCAAGGUUGUUCCUACAAACCUGGCCAGCGAGAUGGAGCAGUGUGCAUGGGUAGCCAUCUAGGCGGCGGGCGCUGGUGACUCGGAGUUCAUGUGUUCCGAUGUCAUACACAGCGAUGGAGUUGGUCUGUUGGAAUGUUAGGGGCCUCAACAGCCCGGCGAAGAAAAAAACGCUGAGGGAGUUUGUAGACACGGUGCACGUGGCUAUCAUAUGUAUCCUAGAGUCUAAACUGGAGAGGGUGGAUCAAUUCACAAUUAUGCAAUGCUUAGGGCCAUCUUAUGAUGGUUUCACGUA